AUGCCAGUAGGGGGAACUGGAGCACCUGGAGGAAACCGGAGCACCAGGAGGAAACCGGAGCACCAAGAGAAAACUGGAGCACCUGGAGGAAACUGGAGCACCUGGAGGAAACCGGAGCACCUGGAGGAAACCGGAGCACCAGGAGGAAACCGGAGCACCAAGAGAAAACUGGAGCACCUGGAGGAAACUGGAGCACCUGGAGGAAACCGGAGCACCAGGAGGAAACCGGAGCACCAGGAGGAAACCGGAGCACCAGGAGGAAACCGGAGCACCUGGAGGAAACCAGAGCCCCUGGAGGAAACUGGAGCACCUGGAGGAAACCGGAGUACCUGGAGGAAGGGGGGAGGGGGGGUGGUAGGGGGGGGUGGGGGGGGGUGGGGGGGGGGGGGUUGGGGGAGGGUGGGUGGGGGGGGGGGGGGGGGGUGGGGGGGGGGGGGGGGGUUGGGGGGUAGUGGGGGUGGGGGUGGGGGUGGGGGGGAGUGGGGGUGGGUGGGGGGGGGGGUGGGGGGUGGGGUAGGGGGUGGGGGGAGGGGGGUGGGGGGGGUGGUGGAGGGGGGGGGUGGGGGGGGGGGGGGGGGGUGGGUAUGGGGGGCGGGGGUGGGGGGGGGGGGGGUGGGGGGGGGGGGUGGUAGUGGGGCUGGGGGUGGGGGGGGGGGGAGGGGAGGGGGGUGGGAGGGGAGGGGGGUGGGGGUUGGGGGGGGGGUGGUAGUGAGAGGGGUGGGGGGGUGGGGUGGGGUGGGUGUGGGAUGGGGGGGGGGUGGUAGAGGAGGGGGGGGUGGGGGGGGGGGGGUGGUGGGGGGGGGGUGGUGGUGGGGGGGGGGGGGGUGGGGGGGGGUGGGGGUGGGGGGUGGGGGGGGGUGGUGGUGUGGGGGGGGGGGGUGGGGUGGGUGGGGGGGGGUGGGGGUGGGGUGGGGUGUGGGGGGGGUGGGGGGGGGUGGUGUGGGGGGGGGGGUGGGGGGGGUGGUGGUGGGGGGGGGGGGGGGGUGGUGGGGGGGGGGGGGGGUGGGGGGGGGGGGGUGGGGGUGGGGGGGGGGGGGGUGGGGGGGGGUGGGGUGGGAGGGUGGCACACCGGAGAGCCGCGGUGGGCUCUUUCCUCCGUCCGGCUUCCGUGCGUUUGUGCCCCUCUUCGGGCUUCUGCCAUGUAUCGGUCGCUCUGUGCCUAAGCGGCGCUUCCUUGCGGGGUCCGCCAGUUGCAACAUGUUCAUCUGGGGGCCUCGCUCCGGGGUCAGGAUAGCUACGUUCUGUCCCUCGUUACUACCUAGUGUGCCGUCACCCCUGGACGAGGUGGCCGCCCCGCCUCCGCGUAUCUGGUCCUCAUGGCCCCGUCUUGGCCGGGGCUUUGCCCGGGAUUCGUCUUGUUUUACGCUUGCUGGGUUCCGCCGAGUCAGCUCCUGGGGUGCCCUGUCCCCUUCUUGCCGUACCUGUCUGUCUAUUGUUCCCCCUUCGUCACGGGAACUGGCGCGUACUAGCUACACUUUUGCUUUUCCGCUGGUUUUGCCUCCCCCGUCCGGCUUCCCUCCUUGCCCCUCUUCCUGGUCCACGUCCGGUUAA